AAAAAAAAAAAAAGGUGAUAAUUUCUUUCUUUAGUUGUGCCUUUCCUCUCUUUAUAUAUUUCUGUUUGGUAUUGAUUCAUUCUCAGUACAUUGUCAAUCUGUUCUCUUCAUUGGGAAAACAGAGAAAGAAAGUAACAAAAAAACAGUGGUCGUUCCUUUCUGUUCUUCACCUUUGAACUGUUUCUGUCAUUCUCAAAAAAAAAAAAAAAGAUAAAGGCACUGAAAGAAAUGCAAGAUAUUAUUCUAGCAGUUGCUACACGAUUGGCAGAAUGGACGGUGAGACCAAUUUGGCGGCAGUUCAGUUAUGUGAUUCAGUACAAGAGCAACAUUGAGCAUCUCACCAGACAGGUUCAGGAACUGCAUGAUAAAAGAUAUGGAGUGGACAUGGAGGUGAAACCUGCUACAGAAGCUUCGAAGAUUAUUGAUCCUGGAGUUAAACAUUGGCUGGCUGAGGUAGACAAGCUGAUAGGAGAAAAGGAGAAGUGUUUCAAUGAAGAGACUGUAGCAACAAAGGCAGCAUGCUGUAAUGGGUCUUUUCCAGAUUUGAAGUGCCGUUAUUCUUUAGGAAGGAAAGCUAAGAAGAUGACUAUGGUUUUUGAUUACCUCCUUGCUAAAGAUCUCGGGACUAUAGCGCAUCCUGCUCUUCCCCCAGAGGUGGAAUUUCAACCCACACAAUAUUCUGAGGAUUCUUCUCAGCUUGCAACCAACUUCCAGGAAGGUGCCAGCUCCUCAGAAACAUCUAACCAAAUUCAGCCGCCUACAUCUACAGGAAAAAAUAUUUAUUUUGAAUCGAGGAGAUCGACCAUUAGAAGUGUAAUGGAAGCUGUGAAGGGGAAUGAGAUCAAUCCGGUUGUCAUAUGCGGCAUGGGAGGUAUUGGGAAGACAACAUUGAUGGGGGAAGUUGUUAACAGAGCAAAGAAAGAGGGUCUGUUUGAUGAGUAUACAAAGGCAACUGUUAAAGAAACUCUUGACAAAACUCCUGACAUUUGUCUGAUUCAAGAUGAACUUGCUCGAUAUCUAGGUCUUCCACUUGAAGGAAAAGAAAUAGAUGCAAGAGCAAACAAGAUACGUCAAAGAUUAUCUGCAGGUGCCAAGAAGGUUCUUGUAAUAUUAGACAAUGUUUCGACAACAAACCCAGACUUUUUGUGGGAAGUAGGGAUUCCUCGUGAUCAAAAUAGUUGUAAGAUUUUAGUAACAUCAAGAGAACGAGAUGUAUUCAAGGACAUUGACACAAAAAAGAAUUUCCCCAUCAGUGAUUUGCCAGAAAAUGAGGCCUGGAGCUUGUUCAAGAAGACAGCAGGAGGUUUGAUUGAAUCUGAUCCCGAUUUGCAUUUGGUAGCAAAACAGGUUGUGAAGGAAUGUGCAGGGUUGCCAAUUGCAAUUUCAACUGUUGGAAGGGCACUACAUGGUGAAGGAAUUGCAAUUUGGAAGAAUGCACUUAGGGAAAUGGAAAAGGCUUGCCCAGAAAAUGUUCCAGGAGUGAUAGAUCAUGUGUAUGGAAAAAUAAAAUUCAGUUAUGAAUGUUUACAAAGCAAGCAAGCCAAAUCAUGCUUUCUGUUAUGUUGCAUAUUUGCAGAAAGCGUUGAUAUACCGAUUGAAUAUUUUGUUAGAUUUGGGCUUGGGCUUGGGAUCUUUAAAGGCAUUGAUUCAAUGGCUGAAGGAAGAAACUGUAUAGAAACAUUGGUUCACACAUUAAAAAGUCGCUUUCUAUUGUUGGACAGUGAUAAGAAAGAGUGUGUGAGAAUGCAUGAUGUGGUGCGCGAUGUAGCCUUGCAUAUAGCCUCUGAAGGGUUGACUCAAAAGAAAAGUGAUGAGGUUAAAGAGAGAAUUGUGGCAAGACACUCGGUGGAAACUGUGAAGUCUAUGGAUUGGCCAAAGAGUAGUGUUUCCGAGCAAUCUACUUACUGCAGUUCACUGUGUAUUGGUGGGCUUUCGGAGCUCUUACUGUUAAGAUGCAUAACUGAAAGUGGAUUGGAGCCGCCACCCACAAUUUUCAAUAGAAUGGAAGAUCUCAAGGUUCUCGUAAUUGCAGGUAUUUCUCUAUUGUCAAUACUGCCAUCACUUCCAGUUUUGAGAAACCUUCAAACAUUGUGUUUGGAGGAUUGCUAUCUAAACUUUGAUGUAGUAUCUGUCAUUGGGGAGAUAAGGACACUCAUGAUACUCAGUUUACGUGGAUCUGACAUCAAACAACUGCCUGAUACAUAUAAAAAUUUAUCUAAUCUAAGAUUACUUGAUUUGUCGAGAUGUAUGAAACUUGAGAUAAUCUCACCAGGUGUCAUAUCAAGUUUAUCCCGACUAGAAGAGUUGUAUAUGUGGGAUAGCUUUGAAGAUUGGGUGAUUGAGAAACUAGCCUCAACAGAAACAACCGAUUGGAUUUCUCAAUUGGAAGCUGAGACAAGAGCUAAACCAGAAGAACUCCACGUGGAACUGGAGAUGUGGAAGAGAUUCAACAGAUUGGCGGUUGAGCAACCAGCAUAUCUAGGAAAGAUGUACAGAGAGGAGGUUCAAAAUUUAUAUACGAAAGACGAGGAGCACACAUACAGAAGGUGGGCCAACUCCAUGGACUGGAAAAUUGGGAUACUUUCAGAGCUACUUUCCUUGUCCAGUUUGACUACUUUAGAAGUUGUUCUACCACCGGUUGAUAGUCUGGUAACCAGCAAGCUAUUUGACAAGCUUGAAAGAUUUAAGAUCUCUAUAGGAUGGAAGGAGCAUAUAUAUAAUUGGGAAUUAGAGCCUUACGGAAACUACUUGAGAGUUCAUGAUCUUGAUGCAAGCUCUCUUGUGAGUACUGGAAUCACUUUGUUGCUAAAGAAAACCAAGACUUUUGAGUUAAAAAUGAAGAAUUUGACAGAACCUCUGAAUGUCUUAGAUACAUAGUGCUGUUUUGCAAACUUGAAGUCUCUUGCACUCGAGGAGUGUGAAUCUUUGGAAUAUCUGAUUGACAUGACACUUGUAAAACCUACACCACAUAGUAGUGUCUUUCCUGUCCUGGAUCGUCUGGUUGUAUUUGGAGGAAGUAGGCUGAAGGAGAUUUUUCAUGGUGAGCUGCCAAUGGGAUCUCUUAAGAAACUACGUGAGAUGGAUUUACUAUGUCUACCUUCAUUGACCUAUAUUUGGAAGACCAAAAGUCAUUCUGAAUGCUUGAGAAAUAUUCUAGGAUUCAUUGAAGUCCUAAAAAUAAAAAACUGCCCGUCGUUGGAAGAGAUCGUUGCCUUGGAAGGAUCAAGACAUCAGGAGGAAGAAGCAACCAAAGAGAUCAACUUCCAAAGAUUGACAGAGUUGACUCUUGCAGAUCUACCAAGUUUCAGUGGGAUAAGCAAAAAUAUCUAUAAAAAGGAGUUGGAAAGGCUACCGGAUGUUAUCAGUCUCUAUCCAAAUGUUUUGACAGUGGAACAUUCUAAUGUGUCCAUACAACAUCUGUUUGACACCAAGGUUCAAUUUCCAGUUUUACGAAGACUAAAAAUUGAAGGCAUGGACAACUUAAAAGAGAUAUGGAACAGCGAACUUUCACCUGAUUCCUUCUGUGAACUAAAGUUUCUAAUAGUGAACAGAUGUAACAAAUUAUUGCAUUUGGUGCCAACACAUAUGCAAAAUAGAUUGCAGAAAAUGGAGUUCAUAUGUGCACCACACUGUUCUUCACUGGAAGAGAUCUUUGAUUUCAGGAUGCAAAGGAACAAGAUCAUGGAUUUCAAACAAUCUUGUCAAGCCUUUCAGAAUCUAACAGAUAUAUCACUCUGGGAAUGUAACGGUGUUAGAAUUUUGCUCUCUCCUUCAAUUUCCGGGGGUCUUGUGAAACUCAAAGAACUAAGGAUACGGCGGUGCCAGAAGAUUGAAGAAAUAGUAGCAGCAGCAGCAGAGGGUGAAGAAACAGAGGAUAGCAACAUGUUCCCUCAGCUGAGUAAAUUGGUACUUGAGGAUCUACCAAAUCUUCGAAGCUUUUCAGAAGGCAAAUAUAAUUUUGAAUGGCAACUGAUGAAAUAUAUAGAUAUUGGAAAAUGCUAUAUGAAGCAUUUUUGUUUUGGAUCCCUCAGCAUUCCAAGGGAAGUGAUUAUAUAUGUUAGUGAUGCUGGUGAGAAUCUUUUGCAGGAGCUCAAUAACAGUAGAAAAGAAGUGUGAUCAGAUUUGGGCACUGUUCAUCAUUUGCUCGUGGGGGAGUGAGUAUGCAGGAGCUGCUUGGUACAGCUUGGUAUGUUAUGUAUGUUUGCAAAGUUCCCUGCUCUAAGCGGACUCAGCCUGAGGUGAGGAGUAGUGGCAACCAACGGGGCUGUAAUUUUUGAUUUUAUGUUAGACUUUGGGGUUGGAGAAGAGUACUAGUUGUCUGAUGUUUCCCAGACCCAAAAAAAAAAAAAAAAAAUUGUAGUCUGAUGCUUUAAAACAAAUAUCUUCUUUCUUUUGUAAUGAGCAAGUUGUUUUGUGGAAAAUUUUCUAGGAUAUUAAGUGUUGGCCAUUUUAGUGUAACAUGGGACUUUUCAAUGAGAAUCUGGAAAGAACGAAAAGUGUAUUUACUAAUCUGUAAUGUAUCAAGUUGA